AACACGAGUUGCAUGAAAUUGUAAACAUGUCAAAGAAACAAAAGCAACUUAAAUUGUUUGAAAACAGUGAAAGCGAAGAAGAAUGUACACUUAAAACUAAUUCUGCUUAUGCCAAGCAUUAUGAUGAAUUUCGAAAGAAGGAAAUACUUAGUCAUCUCAAAACUAUUAGUGAUGAAGAUGACUCCAGUGAUGAUGCAAGCACAGAUGAAGAAUUAGUUAAUCCUGAGUUUGAUAAGGAGUUUUUGAAGUCGCUAGCUUUUCUCAAGAACAAAGAUCCUAACAAAUACACAUCGAUCCCGACUUUCUUUGAAAAUGUUCCAACAGUUGAAGAAACAGUGAAAGAAAAACAACAAAAGAAAGGAAAUAAGCCUCUGACAGUUGCAGAGUAUCAACGUGAGAGAUUGAUAAAGACGGAAGGACGAAUGUCAGAAGAUGAAUCAGCUGAUGAAGAACAUCCAAACAAUAAUUCUUUGUCGUAUGUAGCAGAACAAGAAAAAAUCAAAAACGAUUUGAAACGAGCAAUGGAAGACUCAAGCGAUGAUGAAGGAAUGUUUAAAAUUCGCGAAAAACCAAAAGAAGAAGUUGAAAAGGAGGAAGAAGAUUAUCUUAAAUGGAUUGCUGAUCAAAAGAAGGAUGUUAAAUUGGGAAAAGACGAGAAAGCGUUGAAACCUUUGAAAGACUUCUGGACCAGCGACAAAUUAUCAAAAGCUGAUCAAUUUCUCAAAGACUAUAUUGUCAACAAACGAUUUAUGGAUAAAGGCGAUGUUCCCAGUUAUGAUGACAUGAUUGGAUUAUCUGAAGAUGAAGAAGAAGUCGAAAAACAAGCAGAAUUUGAAACAAAAUAUAAUUUCAGAUUCGAACAACCUGACAAUGAUUUCAUCAAACGUUUUCCUAGAAAUAUUGAAGACACUGUUCGUGCACCAGAUAACUCUAGAAAAGAAAAACGAAAGGAGCGUCAAGAACGAAAAGCGCAAGAGAAAGAAAUGAAAAUGAAAGAACUUCGUGAGUUGCAAAACAUUAAAAAGCGUGAGAUUGAAGAGAAGUUGAUGUUACUGAAGGAAGUUGCUGGAAAUGAAGACUUUUCGCUGGCCGAAGAAGAUUUAAAUUCAGAUUUCGAUCCUGAUGAACACGAUCGGAGAAUGACAAAAAUGUUUGACAACGAAUAUUAUGGAAUCGAUGAAGGCGAUAAAAAGCCAGAAUUUCCAGACAUAGACGAAGAAUUAAAGAUCGAAAAUUGGGAUAAUUUCGAUAAAAGUAAAAUUCCUGAUUUACCGCAAGAUGAUGAAGAUCAAGUAGCGCAUUGUGAGGAUGAUGACUUCAUAAUGGAUUGCGAUUACAAUCCUGAGAAUGAGAAAAAGAAAAAAAUCCAAGAAGAACUAAUUGAGAUGAGUAAAGGACGAAAGCGACGUAAAAAGAUUUCAAAACUGGCUGAACUUAUUAAGAAGGAAAAACCAGCGUACGAUCCAUCAACAAUGGAUAAAACUUAUGAAGAAUAUUUAGAUGAAUAUUACAAACUUGAUUACGAGGAUAUAAUUGCUGAUCAACCGUGCCGUUUCCGAUACACCGAAUGUGUUCCAAAUGACUUUGGACUAACUGUUGAAGAAAUUCUUCUGGCAUCUAACAAAGAGUUGAACCAAUGGGCAAGUCUUAAGAAAACUAUGCAGAAUCGUCCGAAAAAUGUAGAAAUCAACGACGUUGAAAAGUAUAAUCGUCGAAGAAAUAAUUUGCAAUUAAAGAAGAAAAUAUUUGCAAGUAUUUAUGGACAACCUGAAAGUGACAAAAGUGAAGACUCUGAUGACGAUUCAAAAGUUUUGAAGGCAGAAAAUGAAACUGAAGCAACUCAAACUUUAGAUGACUCAAAGGAAGUUAAUGAAAGUAAAGUUGACGAAGGAAACAAAAAGAAAAAGAAGAAUAAGAGGAAGAAGAAGGGAUCAAAUCAAGAUGUUAAGCCACCAACAAAACAAUCAGUCAACACUAAAGUUUCUGUCAAAGCCAAUGGUUUCAAAAAUAAAGUUGACGCUCAACCAAAAUCUUCUGGGAUUUCAUCAACUUCAACAUCAAAUAAAAGAAAAAUGACCGACGAAAUUGAAUCAGCAACAAAAGCUCCUCAAAGAUUCAAAAAGCAAAAACUUCACAACCAAACCGGAAAACAGAAAUCUACCAACAACAAACAAGCAUCGGAAUUUAAUGAACUCAGUGAGAAUCGACUAAAAGCCUUUGGAAUUAAUCCGAAAAAGUUCAAAAACAAAUUAAAGUACGGAAAGAAUCAACAAAUGGAUCAAGGGAAAAGUCAUAAAUUUAAUUACAAGAAGAAAGUUCAAAAAUAAUUUUUUUAAUGUUUUUUUCAUUUAUUUCCUUGUUUCGCAAACUGAAAGAAAUAAAAAGAAUUUAUUUAAUAGAAAUUAAAUCCAUGUUGAUCUCUUUGGCCUUGUCUUUGACGUCUUCUAUUUCUUCGAUUUCUUUUGUUAUUAUUAUUGUUGUUGUUAUUUCUAUUGUUUAAAUUGGUGUUGA